AUGGGGUUCCUCGAAGAAAGAGAUUUAAGUGAUGCUCCCACUAUUCCCGAAUAUUACAAAGACAAGACGUUGUUCAUUACUGGAGGAUCAGGAUUUAUGGGUAAAGUGCUUAUAGAGAAACUCCUAUACUCUUGCACAGACUUGGACAGGAUCUAUUUGCUACUGAGAAGUAAGAAGGAUGUGAAAUCGGAAGAUCGGUUGCAAGCCAUUUUUUCAUCUCCUUGCUUCGAUCGGCUAAGGAAAGAAAGGCCAGGAGUGUUUGAGUCGAAGGUCUUCGUGAUCUCAGGGGACGCUAGUGAGGUUGGACUAGGUUUGUCUGAGGAAGACCGAGCUCUAAUUGUCAAUCGUGUCAACGUUAUAUUUCACGUUGCUGCAAGUGUUCGAUUUGACGAUCCCCUUGAAGUGGCUGCGCGUCUGAAUUUGCGAGGGACCAAGGAAAUUGUCGAAUUGGCCAAAGAUGUCAGGUAUUUGGAAGCGCUCGUACAUGUCUCCACAUCUUACGCAAACACCAAUAGGGAUCCAAUCGAAGAGGUGAUGUAUCCUCCCCACGCGGACUGGAGAGACACUCUUAUGGUCUGCGAGCAUACUGACGAGCAUACGCUCAAGGUGCUUACGCCGAAAUACCUUGGGGAGCUGCCCAACACCUACACUUUUACAAAACAGCUCGCCGAACAUGUAGUAUAUGAAGAGAAGGGAAAUUUACCAGUUGUUAUUAUCCGGCCGUCUAUAGAAAAUUUCAACGGUCCGGUUGGUAUUCUAGUCGCUAGUGGCAAAGGUAUACUUCGCAGCAUAUAUUCCAACCCAGAUCUGGAGGCUGACUACAUGCCUGUUGAUAUCGCUAUUAAGGGUUUCAUCGUGGCUGCAUGGAUCAGAGGAACUAAAGAGUUGCAGCCAACAGACGACAUUCCAAUAUACAACUGUUGUGCGGGAAAUCUUAACAAGAUCACCAUGAAUGAGGUUGUAGAGCUGGGCCACAGGGUGAUAAGAACCAUGCCUCUUAAUGGUGCCUUAUGGAGAGCCGGCGGUUCCAUCACAACGUCGAAAACGAUCUUUUACAUAAAGGUUUUGUUUCUACAUCUUUUACCGGCAAUUUUAGUGGACUUACUCCUUUGGACAUUAGGCAGAAAACCUAUGUUGAUCAAAAUACAAAGACGAAUUUACAUAGCGAAUCUUGCUCUUCGUUACUACUUGACGCAGCAAUGGACUUUCAGCAACGACAACUUUGUAAAGCUUCGUAGCACCUUGAAGAAUAUUGACAAGGAACAUUUCUAUUACAAGAUGGAGAAUAUCGAUCGAACUGAGUUUUUCCGAGCGAGCUGUCUCGGUGGCAGGAAAUAUUUGUUAAAAGAGAUGGACGAGGAUAUUCCUAAAGCCAAAGCCCACUAUCGGAGAAUGAUUAUUUUGGACAUAGUGGUGCAAUCAUUAUUCUACACUUUUGUCUUUUGGCGUCUACUCAAGAUUAGUUUUAUUCAGGAUUCAAUUAUGUCAAUUAAUAGUAUAUUCUUUGAA